UUGCCUAAGCCGAUUGGCCGCCUGCCGCCUUUCCCAGAGCCAUCAAGUUGUCCAAUGGUUUUGCACUCGUACUAUGUACGUGAGAUCUAGGAACUCCCGGCACGGAUGUCGAUUCCUCCAAUCCUACCCGCGCGCUUACCCGCACUUUCUGCUAGUCACGGGUGCGAUCCUUCCCUCGUCCCUUACAGAUUAUCAUCAUAAUUCUUGGGCACAAGUGUAUAUGAUUCGUUGGCUGGGUUCGUUUUCCAGAAUGAUCGUCGAAGGGUACCUAUUUCGGGGCAUGUCACGCGAGCUGGCUCACCAUGUCACAGCCGCAUCGUCUCACGAGUAG